AUGGAGCAAAAAUCACCUAAGGAUGAAGGCGCCGCUAAGGGACAAGAGUCUCUGUCCUACCAGCGGAGAAUGUGGAAGAAUUUCCAGGAGAAAACCAAGCCAUGGCUUAGUCCUAAAUUGGGAUCGGAGCGUCGUGGUACCGGUGGUGCGGAGGGCAGCAAAAAGGAAUCGGGGUUAUGGAUGUUUAAGAGGAAAAAGAAACAGCUGGACCGGGUGUUUUCGUCGUCUCAGCCGAAUCUGUGUUGCUCUCCCCCGGCACCUUUUGAUGCAGACAAGUCACUUGGAAGUGACUCGGUUCCCGGCACCAGCAGCGACGGGCAGACCCUUGGCGCAGCUUCUGGGGCCACGGGGAGCAAGCCCGAGCUGACUGCGCACGGGAGCCCCAAACUCCCCGUUUCCCAGCUGAUAAUGUACCAGCAAAAGAGCUCCUCUCUCGGCUCUGCGUGCUUCGAAAAACUGGUGGUGGACCCGGCCGCGGUGAUGGGAGAGGAGGAGCAGCUGCGUAAAAACGCAAGUGAUUCUGGCAUCAACAUAGUGGGGCCCAGUAAUGCAGAGCCCCCACCUCGACCACCCAGCCCAGCCAUGUACCAGCUGGAUAUCAUCCUAAAGAAAGGGAACAACCUUGCCAUCCGAGAUCGCACAGGGACCAGUGAUCCAUAUGUGAAGUUUAAGAUUGCAGGGAAGGAGGUGUUCAGGAGUAAGACUAUCCAUAAGAACCUCAACCCAGUCUGGGAGGAGAGAGUCAGCCUUCUGGUAGAGACCCUGAGGGACCCACUCUAUGUCAAGGUUUUUGACUAUGACUUUGGACUUCAGGAUGAUUUCAUGGGCUCAGCAUACCUGUACCUGGAGUCACUGGAACAUCAGAGGACACUGGAUGUGACGCUGGACCUGAAGGACCCACAGUACCCUGAACAUAACCUGGGUAGCCUGGAACUAGCUGUCACUCUGUCACCGAAGGAGGGAGACCUGAGGGAUGCUACCAUGCUUUUGAGAAGGAACUGGAAGCGAUCUAGUAAGCAAGAAACAUAUCAGAGUAUGCGUCUGUCAGAUGUGCACAGAAAAGCCCAGCUGUGGCGAGGUAUAGUCAGCAUCAGUUUGAUAGAAGGUCGCAGCUUCCAGCCCAUGGAUGCCAACGGCCUCAGUGACCCUUACGUCAAAUUCAGGCUGGGGCACCAAAAGUACAAGAGCAAGACAAUUCCCAAAACGCUGAAUCCUCAGUGGAGAGAGCAGUUUGACUUCCACCUGUAUGAGGAGCAGGGUGGGUAUGUGGAUAUUACAGUCUGGGACAAAGAUGCUGGCAAGAAGGAUGACUUCAUGGGAAGGUGUACAAUCGACCUCUCGCUUCUCAGUAAAGAACACACACACAAGUUGGACAUGCCGCUAGAGGAAGGCGAAGGUGUGCUGGUGCUGCUGGUCACACUCACUGCAUCCGCCGCUGUUUCCAUCUCAGAUUUGUCUGUCAACAUGCUGGACGACCCACAUGAGAGACACCAGAUCAUGCAGAGAUAUAGCCUGUGGAGGUCAUUGCACAACCUGAAAGAUGUCGGUGUAGUGCAGGUAAAAGUCAUCAAGGCUGAGGGACUGAUGGCAGCAGAUGUCACAGGUAAGAGUGACCCAUUCUGUGUGGUGGAGCUGAGUAACGAUCGGCUGCAGACGCACACAGUCUACAAAAACCUCAAUCCAGAGUGGAACAAGGUCUUCACUUUUAACGUGAAGGACAUCCACUCAGUACUCGAAGUCACUGUUUACGACGAGGACCGAGACAGAAGUGCAGACUUCCUGGGGAAAGUGGCUAUUCCUUUACUAAAUAUCCAAAAUGGAGAACGCAAAGCCUACGCCUUGAAAAGCAAGGAGCUGACAGGGCCAACAAAAGGGGUCAUCUUUCUCGAAAUAGACGUGAUUUUUAAUGCUGUGAAGGCUGGUCUCAGGACGUUGAUUCCCAUUGAGCAGAAGUAUAUCGAGGAGGAGCCCAAAGUGUCCAAACAGCUGCUGUUACAGAACUUCAAUAGAGUUAGGCGCUGCAUCAUGUUCCUGAUCAACACAGGUUGCUACAUCAACAGCUGCUUCGAAUGGGACUCUCCACAGAGGAGCAUCUGUGCAUUUGUGCUUUUUGUCAUCGUUGUGUGGAACUUUGAACUCUAUAUGAUUCCCCUGGCUUUGCUGCUGCCAUUGGCCUGGAACUACAUCCUCAUUGCAUCAGGGAAGGAUACAAGGCAAGAUGUGCAAGCAAUGGAGGACCUGCUGGAGGACGAGGAUGAGGAUUUUGACAAAGAUGACAAGGACCCUAAACCAGGCCCCUGGGAGGACAGCCGUGAUAAAAACCAUAUCCUCGAGGAUAUGCUGGCUUCCUGGCACUUUGAGUGGAUACGAGCGAUGGUGGACUCUGAGAGAAAGGGCUUCAUGAACAAGCUUUAUGCCAUUCAGGACGUGUGCAUCAGCGUGCAGAAUGCACUGGAUGAAGUGGCCUCCUACGGCGAGAGGAUAAAGAACUCAUUUAACUGGACUGUGCCUUUCUUAAGCUGGCUAGCCAUUGUGGCUCUUGGAAUGGCAACCAUCAUCAUCUACUUCAUUCCUCUAAGAUAUAUUGUGCUAGCCUGGGGGGUGAAUAAAUUCACAAAGAAGCUGCGAGACCCUUACACCAUUGAUAACAACGAGCUGCUAGACUUCCUGUCCAGAGUGCCCUCAGAUGUACAAGUGGUGCAGUACCGAGAGCUGAAACUGGAUCCCAAUCCCAGUCCAAAUAAAAGGAAGAAAAACAACCCCGGGUAG